AUGAACAGCCGGAAAAUCUGGGAAAUUCCACACGAGACAUUCCUGAAGCUGAUCAACCCAUCAUUUUGCGGUGUUGAUGAUGAUGAGGACAUGGCCGCAAUCUUGGCCCGAACCCAUCUCAUCGUACUCACUGACAAUGGCAUCUACUACCGAGUUGCGGCCACCAGCACUUCUCCUGUGCCAUUCAUUGAGUGGGAGAAAGAUCAACCCAAGGACUUGCUCGUGCCAUCUUACCAUGCAAUCUUCAAAGCCUACAAGCUCAAUCCUUCUCAGCAUCAACUUCCGGACUGCUAUCAUGAAGACUGUGCUUGGUCACAAGAGAUGCUUCGCAGACUCCUGAAUGGAGAGACUAUCCCACGCAGUCACACUAUCCGUACUCCUACGAGUCCGUUCGGCGAGCGUAGGCCACCUCAGUCAGUUCAUGCGUCUGUCCUUUCGCCUGAAGCACUUCGCGUCAAGAUCAAGGAAGAGAAGGUCACAACAGCAUUUCGGGCUUUGAAGGCAUCGGCUCCACAGGUCAUCGAACUUGACUCGCCUACACCAUCAAAGAAGCGACCUCUUCCGACUGCAUCGUCCGCCCAUGUGGAUUCCAGCAAGAACCCAAAGAUCAAAGCUUCUUCGGUCGGUCACCGUCCUGAUGAAAUUGAACGCGUGUUGGAAGCUAUCAUUGACGAAGAGUGCACAGAAAUGGACGUGGUGGACUCAAUGGAUUCCAAGUAG